GCGAAUCCCGCUGGAAAGGAAUUGAAAAAGAAGUUCUAGGUUUCAAAACUCAUUUUUUCUCGCAGAUAAAGAGUUAACAACAUCCCUGAAGAGCAAAAUGAACCCAAUACUCAAAUUUACACUGGAAGUAUGGCACUUGGUGUUAGAAAAAUACAAUCUAAAAGAAAAGGCUCUCCUUUUAAAAUGGCUUAGGUAUGAUACAAAAUUCAAACCAGGAAAAACUGAUCAAUCAUUUCAACAAUGGGGAAAAAAAGGGAAUAACAGCAAACUCUUCUAAAAAAUGGGCAGCUUUUGAGUUUCCAAGAACUAAAAUCAAAAUAUGAUUUAGAUGAUAAAGACCAUUUUAGGUAUUUACAAGUGAGAGAUUACUUGACAAAACAAAUUAGACCAAAACUAUCUGACAAGACUCACAGCAUCAUCGGGGUAGUGAUAGAUUCUUUUUUGCAAAAGAAGGUAAAAGCAAUUUCAGCCCUCGACAAUUCAAUGAAGGAAUGCCGAGCGGAAACAACUUCAUACAUUAAACACAAAUGGGAAACAGAACUGAAGGCUAAAAUAACAGAGGACGAAUGGCUCCAAAUGUGUGAAGUCCAGCAGAGCGCAACUAAUUCAUUGUCAUGGAGGGAAUUCUGCUGGAAGAACUUGACACGAUUUUUCAUUACUGUUACGGCUGCUGCCGUAUUGUUUAUGGGAUGUGUUGUGUUGUGUGCGUGUGUGUGCACGUACAGGUGUGGCUGUUUCUCUCCCUCUGCUUCACCUUCAGGCUCUCAGGCAUGGAGGUGAUAAUUGAAUAAUUGGCUGAGGCACCAGACCAUCAGGGAGGAUACGGUGGCCUCCAAUCACGGACGGCCAUUGGAGGAGCCUCAUCCUCAAAAGCCUGGCGGGAGGAUCAGUCUGGGGGAGGCUGUAUCUGAUCAGUGACCUGUCUCUCCUCGUUCGUCUGGCUCGGCAGUAGAAAACUGAUCUCUGUGUUCGGCCUUGAGUUUUGUUGAACUGCCUGUGCAGUUUUGUGGCCGUGUGGUUUGUUUGUUCUGUUUGGUUAUUAGUUAGGGAUCACCGUUUGCAGCGCUUUUUGGUUGCUCAUUUGGUGUUAUGUUCGACUUAUGGUGUCCCUCAGUUCUUGUUACCCUUUUUAUUUAUUAAACACCUCUGUUUACCUUCAACAACUGGGUUUAUGUUACUUCCUUCCUCCUUUAAGAGCCCUGGUCGUAACAAUUACACCUAAAAUCAAAAGUAGACAAACUUGUGUCCCACAGGGCUGCUGGAGGUUGUGUGGAGAGGUAGAGGCUAAUCAUACGCAUGUCUUUUGGAGUUGUCCUAAAAUUACCAGCUAUUGGGAACAACUUGGUGCGACUUCAUACAAAAUUCUUGGUUAUAGAAUUCCCAACACUUGUUCAGUGAUGUACCUUGGAAAUAUAACACAGAUGUUUAAAAAUGAGGACAUGACUUUGACGAAGGUGAUUUUGGCUGCAAGUAAGAAAGCCAUAACGAAGAGUUGGCUAAAGCCUGACCCACCAACUCAGGAAGACUGGAUGAGAAUUGUAGAGGGAAUCUCAGUUAUGGAAAAAUGGCACUUGAUUUCAGACUGAAGGGACCGGUAUAUGACAAACAAUGGAAGAAAUGGACCCUUUUCUUAAAAAGUUACAAAAAAGUGAUACUGUAAACUAUGGAACAUAUAAUAUAUCUAAUGUAAACUGACCUUGACGUGUCCAGACAGUUAUCUUAUUUGUUUCUGAUUUGUUUUAUAUUUGUUUUUCUUUGUAUCUGUGGUGUUUCUGUAAAAUGGACAAAAACCAAAAAAAAAAGUAAAAAAAAAAAAAAAAAUGAAGAAGCCUUUCUUUUAUAUCAAAUGUUUGUUCAACAGGAGACCAGUGAAGGCUGCAGUGGUUUUGGCGAGGCUGUGGUGAACACCAGUGACACCAUCAGGUAUUUUUCUAGCUUUUGUCUUGGCUGUUGCAACAGUUUUACCAUUUACAGAGGGUCCCUGCCCAGAAGCACAGACUGAGCCACGUUAUUGUUAGUUUCAAGGUCGGACUUGCAGUGGGUGCGUUUAGUCAAACAACCCAAAACAAACAGUGAACAAUCCAGCUGGUGUCGAGCUUUGGAGGGAUUUUCUGUCUGUCUUUAUUCACCCUCUGAAAUCUGACAUUUAAUGAAUGCCCCAAGAAAAGCUCCACACCUCCACUUCUUUAAGAAAGUUGAUGAACCCAAUUUCAUUGUGUUACAUCAGCGAGCUUCACACACACCAAAACCACACGUACUCCAACUCCUCCGCACACACACACACGGAAUUCUUCAGCAGUGGCGCAGCAAGCUAAAGUUACUGAAUAACCUGAGUGUGUCAGAUAGAAAAACAUGCUUCCGGUGCCGAGCUUUAUGACGGACAUCAAAACUUGGAGCGUUUCUCUGAUAAGCACUGAGCAACAUGAGCGUCACUGAAAAGCAAUAAGGUGAAAUGUUCAAUAACAUUAGCAUUUUUGUUGUGGAACAGAUUUUGGGGGGAAAAUGAUCUUUUUGUUGGAUCUAGUUAUUUUCUUUGCACAGAGUGGAUCUCCAGAGUCCAGACUGUCCUCUGUUCAACAAGCUGAGAUUUCAGGAAGACUUUACUUCCCUUAACUGUGCAAAGACUGAAGGCAGACUGGACACGACAGUGACUCAUGUCUGUUACUCAAAACACAUAAGUGUUAUGACUUUAUAAAAUUGCCAGAAAGAGCCGUGGCAUCAAUUACAGCACGUUUGUCAAACCCAGUAUUUAUCUAAAUCUUGUAUUUCUGGUUUUUCAAACCUUUUAGAAAAAAAACAACAAAAAAACUAGAAUGUGUGAAAAUGCAGGUCAUGACUCCACUUCUGGUCUGUUUGGGCUGAGUUUUUUCUCUCUAGUGUCCAGACUGUCCUCUGUCCAGCAAGAGACGGUCCCACUCUGAGGGGGAACGACCAGGAUGCUCACAGGUUGGAAGGACGUCCUUCAUGCUGGAAGAACUGGAAAACAGACGGAACACCCCAGAGUCCCGCGGGCUCAUUUCCUACAAAUGUCACAAAAAUAACCAAUUUCAGACCAAAAUAAGAUUUACUGUCUCAUGCAACUUAAUGCCCAUCUCGCUGGUGAAGUGUUUUGUCUCUCAGUUCAGUGGUCAGCGGUUUGAUUCCUAACAUCGCCCUGGGUGUGUGUGUGUGUGUGUGAGAUGAAUGGAUGAAUGUGACCGAUCGCGUGAAAUACACUAAGAAUCUGGACUGUCCAAACAAUAUCAUGGACCGACAGAUUAGAAAUAUCCGCCGUGAGAGUUCAGAUCACGCCUCAGGUUGUAAAAGUCGUGUUUGAUAACAGGUGUGGAGCUGCCAGGCGGCAGGUGAAGGUUUUUUUCUUUUUUAUUUCAUCACACAAGCCUGUCUGACGGGGGAAAACCCCUCACACGUCCUACUUAAGGAGCCGGCCGGGGCCGAGUCAGACACACUCUCACUGACUGCCUCCAGGAGCUUUGGCAACACACAUACACACACACACACUCUCACACACUUGCAGAGCGACUGCACCCAAAGCAUGACGAACAGGCAGGUGUGUUUGGUGGCGCUGUGCUCCCUCCUCAUCCUCUGCACGUUCAUCGGCAGCACGCAGUCAGCCAGGUGCUGCCUGAACUACAUUCACAAGGAUAAGCCUAUAUCCUGCAAACGAGUGAAGGACUACUCGGUUCAGACCAUCAACAACUCGUGUGACAUCGAUGCCAUCAUCUUCCACAUGCAGGGCGGCAAAAGCAGGUUCCUGUGUGCAGAUCCCGCCUCCAAUUUCACGCUGAGGGUCAUGCAGUGCAUCGAUGAAAGGAAGAAAAAGCCAACUCCGGUCCUCAAACAGGAAAAUGAAGUGGCCUCCAUAUCAGCAUGACUACCACAAACAUCUGAUGCACCACGGAUCGAUAUUCUAAUAGAAAUGCUUCCCCUUCUGCAGUUAUUUUUACUUUGGUUUUUUUAAAGGGGGAUGUUUGUGUGAAUUUUACUCACAUUUGUUCUGUUUUAUAAACAGAAAAGUGUAAUAUUCCUGACUUGGAGUAAACCUGACGCUACAGUCGUCACUACAUUUUAAUUUAUUUGGCAUAAGUAUAUUUUUCUAAGUUGGUAUAUUUCUCAAUAAGCUAAAGUAUGAAACUCUGUUUCCUCAUAGAGAUGAUGCUAUUUGUCGUGAGCAUUUGUCCAAAAUGUUAUUUUGAGUUGUUUGAACUCUAUGUAAACCGUUAUAA